AUGUCGGGUGGGCGCACGUGCGCGUUGCGGGGCAAGGCGGGGCGAGACCUCGGCGGUCGCACCCCUCCAGCCCCUCCCCCUCGGGCCCUGCCCCGCGGCGGCUCGGGCCGCUCCUCUGUCUGUCCCGCCGGGCUCCAGGACCGCCUGCCUCGCCCCGCCGAGUGUCCCGCCCGCUUCUCCCUCUGCUCCCUCAUCCCGCCCAGCGCCGGCGCUCGCGUCUCCCGGGGGCCAGAACUGGGCCUCCCCAGGGACUCCGCGCAGUCUUCCCGCCAGCCCAAGGGCAGCCGUGCGGCUCAGAGGCCCCCGUCCCGCCAGGCUGAGCGGAUCUUGGGACCCGCGGAGAGGCAGCCCCCGCAGGUCAGGAGCAGGUUGGGGACAGAGCCCCGGGUCUUCCUGGACAGAGGGAGCCGAGGGCUGCCUCUCUGUUCCCCACCUCGAGAGCUGCGAUCUUGCCGGUGUUGCCGUCGUGUGAGGCUGCCUAAGGAUCCUAGCCUUGUUUCCUUGCCCCUGAGCCUGUCUGUCAUUUCCUCCACAGAUAAGACCCAGAGGGGGCAGGACAGGGACAGGGAAGGGGUGUGGGUAGGGGGGGGAGCCCUGGCCCCCAAUACCUCCUCUCCAUUCCCCCCCGAGCCUCCAGGAGCCUCGGGCAGCAGCAUCCCUGUCUACUGUGCCCUCCUGGCCACUGUGGUCCUCGGUCUGCUCACCUACGUGGCCUUCAAGUGCUGGUGCUCACCUAAACAAAGACAGCAGCUGGCCAAAGCUCGGACUGGAGAGCUGGGGGCUCUCAACAGGGACCAGAUACAUGGGGAUAGCAGUGUCUUCCUUGACUCUCUUAGCAGUCUGCCCUGUGCCCCCAGCCAGGGGCCACAUCCUGAGCUUGGCUGCCGGCUUUACAUUCAUCUCCCUCGGCAGCAGCAGGAAGAGGUGGAGCGGCUCCUGGAGGUGUCAGACGAAACUGACAAGGGCUGGCAAGGCCUGGCAGACCGCCUGGGCUACCAGGCUGAGGCUGUGAAGACCAUGGCUCAGGGCCAGGCCAGUGCCACCCUCAGGGUGCUCGAGGUCGCCCUGGCUGCCAUGGGCUGUGAAGAUGUGGUUCGGGUCCUGGACCCCCUGGCUGAGGGCUGCUCUGUGGUGUGA